AAGAAAACAAAAAUUGAAAGCAGAAAAAGAAACAGUACGGGCGAAAGAAGGGGGGAGAGAGAGAGAGAAGAGAAGAAGAAGGAAUCAGUGUCGAAGCAUCUCACAGCUUUCUUUCUCCGAAGGCAGGUUAGGUGAGAGAGUUCUACUUAACUCUUUACUGUACACCAAAUCCCUAAAAAAAAGGAAAGGGUGCUUCCAUGGACAUGUAUGGCUCGCAAUCUGCACAUGGAGAUGCUGACACUGGACUCGAAGAAUCGAUGUGGCGAUUAGGGCUGGGUAGUGAGACGUACCCAGAGAGACCAGCUGCCCCUGACUGUCCCUACUACAUGCGUACUGGUGUCUGCGGUUACGGUUCUCGAUGCCGUUACAAUCAUCCUCCUGAUCGUGCCACCGUUGAAGCUACUGUUAGAGCUACAGGGCAGUAUCCAGAACGCAUUGGUGAACCUCCAUGUCAGUUUUAUUUGAAAACUGGAACCUGUAAAUUUGGGGCGUCAUGCAAAUUCAACCAUCCAAGGAAUGCUGGUGGAUCCAUGAGCCACGUUCCUCUCAAUAUCUAUGGAUACCCUGUACGACAGGGUGGUGAGAAAGAAUGCUCCUACUAUUUGAAAACGGGGCAGUGCAAAUUUGGUAUUACCUGUAAAUUUCAUCAUCCUCAGCCUGUUGCUGCUGCAACACCACCACCACCGCCACCAGCAUCUGCACCUCAGUUUUAUCCAUCGGUGCAGCAGUCACUUAUGCCUGGAGCUCCAUCCUCUAGCUUGAGAGUUGCCAGAACUCUUCUUCCAGGUUCUUAUAUGCAAGGCGCCUAUGGUCCAAUGCUAUUAACCCCAGGAGUGCUUCCUAUUCAAGGCUGGAGUCCUUACUCGGUGACCACCCUUCCUUUAUUUAUUUAUUUCUUUCUUAAUUUGCUUCCUUCUCCUCUGUUAAUUUUGAUUUCCAUCCAGGCACCUGUGAGCCCUGCUCUAUCUCCUGGGGCAACUUCUUUAUACGGAGUUGCACAGCUCUCUUCCACCACUCCCGGGGUUUAUCCAUCUCUGCCCUCUCCUACAGGUGUUACUCAUAGCUUUCCAGAGAGACCCGGUGAAUUAGAGUGCCAGUACUAUCUGAAGACAGGAGAUUGUAAAUUUGGAACAUCUUGCAAGUUUCAUCAUCCUCGAGAUCGGGUUCCACCAAGAGCUGAUUGUAACCUCAGCCCCAUUGGUCUUCCUCUACGCCCGGGUGUGCAACGCUGCACUUUCUACAUACAAAACGGUUUCUGUAAGUUUGGAUCAACGUGUAAAUUUGAUCAUCCAAUGGCAUACAAUGCUUCUGCGUCCUCACUCGCUGAUGCACCGGUGAGCUCUCUCUUGGGUGCUCUCGCAGUCGGGGCCCCCCCUUCGUCGACUGGGCUCAUAUCUGGAGCUGAAAAUGAUCAAUACUUGUCCGGACUGCCUACUACAAGAACCACAUCUAACAUCUCAGCAGGUUUGAUAUUCUCCCAGAGCGGUGGCUCAAUUCCUUUCUCUGACCUACAACUCUCGAGCCAGACCUCUCUUCCUCUAACAGGUAGCAGAUUCACAAGACAAGGCCGAGAAAUCCGUCGAUCCUUUUGAAUUGAUCACCUCCAAAGAAAAAAAGGACUCUGGAUCACCUUUUGCAAUUCUUAAUCUAUAUCAUUAUUAUUACUAUUAUAUAGAAGCAUGUGAUGUUGAUUUAUAUAUAAUCUCCGGACGAAAAGAACAGCUAUUUAUGUAUAAGAACUGAGUGGGAAUCACAUAUAUAAGAGGAAAUGUGUAUAUGUGCACAGUUC